CACAUCUGUCUGAUAGCACGAGCACAAGGGUGGUGCAGGCAGAGCAGGAGAGAGAGAGAGGGGGGGCUGUUUAGCAGCACUCGCACAAGCAGAGCUGCCUUCAGCCGGAGAGGAAGAGGAGCGUCCUGCCUCCUUCAGCUGCACGUCCUCCGCCACAAUGAGAGAAAGGUGACCUGUAAGCACCCGGUGUCCGGCGCCCCCUCCCAGGACAACUGCAUCUUUGUGGUGAACGAACAGCCGGCUGCUAAGGCGUCCUCAGAUCAGGGCAGUGACCAGAAGGAGCGUCCCAUGAGCACCAUGAGCGAGGCCUCCAACUACACGGGGGGGUCCGACUACAGCACCUUCCCUGGCAGCCCGCCCACCCACGCCCCCAGCACCACCCUCAGCUCCACCUCGUCCACACGGCCCUCUAGGUCUUCCAAAAAAAUCCACAACUUUGGAAAGAGGUCAAACUCCAUCAAGAGGAACCCCAACGUCCCUGGGAUGAAGAGCAGCUGGCUUUACAAACAGGACAGCACCGGCAUGAAGCUGUGGAAGAAGAGGUGGUUCGUUCUGUGUGACAUGUGCCUCUUCUACUACCGCGAUGACAAAGAGGAUAGCAUUCUGGGAAGUAUCCUGCUGCCAAGCUUCCACGUGUCCAUGUUGUCGGUGGAUGAUCACAUCAGCAGAAAAUACGCCUUCAAGGCCACUCACCCCAACAUGCGGACGUAUUAUUUCUGCACUGACACAGCCAAAGAGAUGGAGUCGUGGAUGAAAGUCAUGACGGAUGCUGCGCUGGUCCACAGUGAACCCGUCAGAAGGCUGGACAAGCUGAAAGUAGAUCAGCGAGCCCCUCAGGAGUUGAACAACCUUCUCAACCACAGAGUCCUGACCCGGCCUGAGAUCCAGAACAACGAGCGGAACCGCGAGCCUGUGAGACAACACUCUCUAUCUCAAGCAGACGACAAACGCCAAAAAGACCUAGAGAAACACAACGGCCAGAGGGAGUACUACACCUUACAGAGAGAAGGAGAGAGGUACUCUCUGAAGAAAGACGGUAUGAGCUACAUGCUCGAGAAAGACGGAGAGAGGUAUUUCCUCCAGAAGGAUGGAGAGAAGUACAUGCUGCGCAAAGACGGGGAGAAAUUCUUGUUGCAGAAAGAUGGAGAGGUGUGUGCAAUCCACAAAGACAUGGAGAAGUAUGCUGUUCAAAACAUGGAUGGAAGGUGCACUGUGAAGGAGGUGAAAUACGCUCCGUGUGAAGAUGCAGAGAAGUACCUGCUCACCAAGGAGAGAGAAAAAUACGCACUGCAAAAACUAGGCGACCGACACACACUCCAGAAAGAUGGACAUAAAUAUGUUCCCCAGAAGGAAGUUAGGAGACAGCUGUCCUUAAAGGAGACAGGGAGGUACGGCAUGAUGAGGGAGAUGGAGAACAAAUAUGGCACCAUACAAGUUGUGGACAAAUACGGCACCCUGAAAGAAGUGAAGAAAUACAGUACACUGCGAGAGGGGGAUAGAUAUGCUACUCUGAGAGAUGCGGGGAAGUAUGCUACGGUGCGUGGGGGGGAUAGGUAUGGCUUCCAGAGAGACCCCAGUGCAGAGAGGGCUAAGACUCAGCUCAGCAGCCUCCAGCUGCAGCCGGCCCAGGCGGCCGCCAUCGCAGCGGCCGUGUCCGCGUCCCGCCAGAGCCACGCCCACCUCAGUGUCCACGGCCCCCCACAGCCCAACGGCCCGGGGCCCGCAGCGAUGGGGCAUUCUGGGGACUGCAGCCCCUCAGAGGGGGACAGCAGCCUGGCCAUGGCUCCAGGAACGUCCCCUGUUCCAGUCCAGGAACCGGAGCGGGGCCUGUCCAGAACCAACUCCAUGCAGCAGCUGGAACACUGGGUCCGCACGCAGAAGACCAGAGGACUGGACGAAGACACCAGGAGUGUAACGUCCUACCAGACCUUACCGAGGAACAUGCCCAGCCACCGGGCCCUGAUGGUUCCGCGGUACCCAGAGGGGUACCGCACACUUCCCCGCAACAGCCUGGCCCGGCCCGACAGCAUCUGCAGCGCGGCGGACUCCCUGUAUGACCGGGCCCUCCGCCCCGCCUCCACCAGUACCGGCAUCAUGGUGGAGAGGAGGAGGUCCAUGAGGGACGACACCAUGUGGCAGCUGUACGAGUGGCAGCAGAGGCAGGCCUUUCGCAGGCAGAGUCUGGCUAUGCCAACAGCGGGGGGGCAUUACGGCACUCUGCCCAGCGCUAAGACCAUGGGCAACAUCUCGGAACACGUGGCACACUCCAUCCCCCCCUCACCCUCUCACGGCUCCCUGGCUCUCUACAGCACCCUCCCCCCCCCUCGCCAGCAGGCCCCCCACAACCCCAGCAGCUCCCACUCCGAGGUGUCCUCGCCCGUCUUCAGGAGGGAGACCCCUGACCCCUGGCACAGGACCCUCCCUGCAAAGCACGGCUACACUGUUGAUCGGCGGUCCAUAGCAGGGGGCGUCCCUCCCCCGUCCAUCACCCCUCAGUCCCUGCAGGGCAAGACGCCCGAGGAGCUGACGCUGCUCCUGAUCAAGCUGCGCCGGCAGCAGGCGGAGAUCAGCAGCCUGCGGGAGCACACAGUGUCUCAGCUCAUGGCCCUGGGUCUGGAGGGGCCCAACGCUAAGGUCAGUCCAGACGACCAUAAAGAAGGCUCCUUCAUCCAGCGCACAGAGGAGCCUGACAUAGACACCAAGCUGAGCAGACUGUGUGAGCAGGACAAGGCUGUGAGGCUGCAGGAGGAUAAGCUGCAGCAGCUGCACAGAGAGAAGCACACUCUUGAGACGGCCCUGCUGUCUGCCAGUCAGGAGUUGAGUGAACAUAGCGGAAACAACGGCGCCGCACAGAGCCUGCUGCAGCAGAGAGACACGCUGCAGAGCGGCCUGCUGAGCACCUGCAGAGAGCUGAGCAGAGUGACCACGGAGUUGGAGCGUUCCUGGGGGGAGUACGACAGGUUGGGGGCCGACGUCACUCUGGCUAAGUCCACCCUGCUGGAGCAGCUGGAGGCCCUGGGCAGCCCACAGACAGAGCCCCCGAGCCAGAGACACAUCCAGAUCCAGAAGGAGCUGUGGAGGAUACAGGACGUGAUGGAGGCUCUGGCCAAAAACAAACCCCAGCGGAGCACAGACAACACAGGUGUGCCUGCUUCCAGACCGCUCUCCAGUCUCCAGAAGAACGAGGCAGAUACGCUGCUGCCAUUCAGUCCUCUCAAAGAGGCGGACAGCGUGCCCCCCCGCCCACCCCUGCCCCAGUACUACGACUCAGCAGAGCGCCCCCCCAACAUGCCCCCCUACCACUCACACCCAGGCGGUCGCCUGCAACCCCAAACGCACCGCCCCGAGGACCGCAAGGCUGGCUCCAGGAACGGAGUACACAGCCAAAAUCCAGACUACCGGCUGUAUAAAAGCGAGCCUGAACUCACCACGGUGAAGGAGGAGUUGGAUGAGGCCAACGGGGAGGACAAGGACAAGGCAGAGAGCUCGGACACAGCUUCCAAAGUCUCUCCUACAGCGCCCUCCUGCCCGGUGGGCAUCAUUCCUCCUAGAACCAAAUCUCCCAUGAGUCCCCCCGAGUCCUCCACCAUUGCCUCUUAUGUCACCCUGAGGAAGACCAAGAAGCCUGAACCCAGAUCAGAGCGGCCCCACAGUGCGGUGGAUCAGACUAGCUUUGGGGAGCGAGAGUGGGGCCGAACACGGAUGAGUGUGGAGGAGCAGCUGGAGAGAAUGAGGAGGAACCAGGAGGCCUCGUCGCUCCGUGAGAAGAAGAGAGAGACCCCGUCCCGCUCGCCCUCCUUCAGCAAAGACAACCCUGCUAUUAUCCAGCAGGGUCGGGGGCAGAUGGAGGGGGCCUGUGCGGACCCUGUGCAGCUGGAGGCGGCGCUGCAGCAGCUGAAGGUGGAGACCAUGGAGCAGAGCAGGACACACCCUGCACCAGAGGAGGUGCAGGGAGUUGAGGAGUGUGAGGAGGUGCCGCAGGACGGGGAGGGGCCCCUGCAGAGGGAGGCGGAGCUGCAGGAUGAGCUGUGUGUGAGUCAGAGGGUGGUGAUAGUGGACCUGUGUGCGGAGCCUCAGCGUGUUGAGAUUGUAAAUCCUUUUGAGGAUGAUGAAAGCAGAGAGCAAGAUCUGACCAGCUCGCCAACAAACACCACUACUGAAAACAGCUUUCAGACUCCGGAGCCUGAGACCCCGAGCCCGGAGCCGAGGGAGGAGGAGGCCGAGGAGAGGCAGCAGAGAGAGGAGGAGCUGAAGGAGAGGCUGACCGCAGACCACAAGAAACACAACAACAACAACAACAACAUGUUGGCUUCACAGACGUUCACCUUGGUGAGCAGCGACACGUGAGCCGCCCCCCACCCUGACGCCCCAAAGCCCAGAUGUAGCCUGCCUGCACAGAGCAUGCUCCAAGGCUUCAUGUUUACAACAGGACUGUUUUGAUACUACUGUCACAUGCCCACAGGGGCGGAGCCUGAGAGGAGGACCCCCCCCCCCUGCCUGGUGGACCUCACAGACGGCCCCUUUACUUCCAGACAGAGAAAGAUGUGCUGCUUCUUUAGAACCUGUUAGCUUUGUCCAUCCUGAUAUGUUCCUGAGCAAAACAGUGAAUCAAUGGGGUCACAUUUCAAAAUAUUUCUACAUUCAGAUUGUGAAAUGGUGUAGUCCUGAAGUCAUGGUUGUGCGAAGAAGAAAACACUCUUAUAAAGUGGAGUUUCAGAAGCUGCUAAUCCUGUUUUAGAGAAGAACAUUGACCACUGACAAAUCAACAACAACCAUAUAAACUCAGCAUGUUGUUCAAAUGUUUUAUUCAUGCCACGUUUGCAGUCAGUGUGAAUAAAAGCAACACAAAGGGGCUCAAUUAUUCUCCCAUGCUUAGCUCAGCUGAUAUCAACACAGAGAGGAUCAAGUGUUUUUAAUGGGCCAUGUUUUUAUUGCUUUAAACAUUAAACCAUUUCACAAUCUUGUCUGUAUGUAGCACGUGUUUUGGGGGUGAUAAAGCUCCAUAGAUAUCACCUGCCAAAUGUAGACACACACAUAUCAAUACACAUACAUUUAGAUACCUAACUAAGUAUUAAAGUUAUCUUUAUAUAAUAAGUCUUAGAACAUUCUACUGACGGCUGAUUGGCUGUGAGUAGCUGGAGGGGGUGUACUGGGGAAGUGUCCCCUCAGAUGGGCUCAGCACCAGAGCUUUACUUUACCAGGUACUCCCACAUUCAUUCUGUGUUCUCUUCAAACCCAAGGCUCCCUUAUCACUCCAUUUUUAUUUUGCACCAGCAACAUAAGAGAUUGUCCUUCAUUGGAUAUACAUAUAUAAAUAUAUAAAAAGUAUAUAUAUGAAAAUAAAGCAGAUUUUUACUUCAACAAGGUGCCACUUCAUGCUGCUGACUCUUUUGAACAGAACUAAGUAUUUUGCAGAAGUUGUGAUUAUGUAUGUUGAGCAGGCUGUUCACACGUUAUGUGAAUGAUUUACAUUUCUCGUCUGCUUCUCAUGUCUAUUUGAGUUCAUCUCUUUUUGGUUGACAGAACUUAGAAGAUACACAGAUGCUGAGGACAUGACACUGAUUAGAUCUUUUGAGUUUCAAUCUGUUCAAGGUGUUGAAGAGUUGGAGAAUAGCACAUGUACGAAGCAAUAAGUAGGACUUUGGAGCUCCAGGACAUAACAUGAAUUUAAAAGAGAUGUAUAAACUGUACAAAAAUAUAAUAAACAAGAUAGCAUAAUUUAUGUACACACUGAAAAGAAUAAGAGCGAAAAGUAUAACUAGAGGUUAUUAUUCAUAUUAUUAGGGUAAAUAUGCAAAGAGUUCAUACCCAUGUGUUUUAUAUCAUGUGAAAUAAAUGUUGAUGUUCUUUAAAUAUUA